UUAUAAAGUUGCCUACACUUCCUCAGCUGCUGGUGAAAGUUAGGUUAGGUUAGGAACUGAAAAUACCUAAGAAUUUGAUAUGAAUUUUAUUAAAUCCUUCGCGGGAACAUUAUUUAACCAAACUUUAAAUUCUAAUGGAAAUUUUCAACAAAUUCGAACAAAAUGGGUAAACCGAUGGAUGAUAAGAGACGUUAAGAGGCGAAAAGUGACAACAGAGUAUGCUCCUUUACGUUUACGAAUUAAUUCGCUUCGCAGAAAUGAUAUCCUUCCCCCAGAAAUAAAGGAACUAGCUGAUGCACAAAUUGAAGCCUUACCUCGUGAUUCUGCCCUAAUGAGAACUACGAAAAGAUGCGUAAUAACAUCUAGACCUAGAGGUGUUGUGUACCGUUGGAGAAUGAGCAGAAUUGUAUUCAGAAACCUGGCCGAUUAUAAUAAAUUAUGCGGAGUUCAACGAGCAAUGUGGUAGUUUACCAUAUUUUUGUUUAUUAUUAAAUGCUGUAGAAAUUC